GUGUUUUCUUUUUUUGUUGUUGUUGUUGAGCUAUGCUUUAGAUUGUCUUUAAAAUGUUUACAUUUUUAUGUAUUUGAGAAUGAGAUUAAUUAAACAUAUUAAUCAUUAAUAUGAUUAAUAAAUACAUUCUGUAUAAUGAGAUUAAAUAGCUUACAAAUUCUGAGGAAUAACUGCUGCUUAUUCUUGUUACUUUAUUUUUGAAGGUCUGUACUGCAAACUUUUAAAAAGUGGAAUGGGUGACCGAUCAGUCAACUUCUCUUUUACUGAAUUCCAGUUGAUUGGAUUCACAGACCUAAAAGCGUACCGGCCGCUACUCUUCAUUCCAUUUUGCAUCAUCUUAGUUUAUACAUUAUUUGCUAAUGGCAUUUUGAUUAUCAUUAUUGCAAAAGAGAGAAAAUUACAUGCUCCCAUGUAUAUUCUAAUUGGUUUGAUUGCAGCUUUAGGGUUUUUUGUGCCAAUAUACUUUAUUCCAAGGAUGUUGGUUGGUUUUUUGUGGGAAAUGAAUACAAUUACGCGGCAUGAAUGUCUAAUACAAAUGUUUUGUCUGCAUUUUUCUGCUUGUUUUCAGUCCACCAUCUUACUUGGGAUGGCUGUGGACCGAUAUUUUGCUAUUAUUUAUCCUUUGCGUUACAGUGAUUUUGUAAAUUUGACAAACUCGCUUAUUUUCUUCGCAAUUCUUAGCAUUCGGAAUGCUCUUAGCAUUAUUGCCAUGGUUGGUCUAGUUGUGCCCCUUACCUUUUGCAGAACAAAUUUGAUUUACCACAGUUUCUGUGAGCAUACAUCAGUUGUUAAUCUAGCUUGUAAUGAUAUUACUAAAAACUAUUUAGCUCUUACAGUAGCUUUCGGUAUAACAUCUGCUGACUGUCUUCUGAUUUUUUGCUCUUAUGUCAUCAUUUUUGUUGUUAUAUUUCGCUCACCUUCUGGUGAAUCCCGCCAUAAAGCCAUUCACACAUGUACCACGCACAUAAUGACCAUAGUAAUUGCCUAUAUCAGUGUUACCGCUGCAUUUGUUGGGUACAGAGUAGCUACAAUACCCCGAGAUGCACGUAUCUUAACUAGCACAAUGUAUCAUCUCGUUCCUGCAAUAUGUAACCCUGUCAUUUAUGGUCUCAGAACCACAGAAAUUAGAACUCAAAUUGUGAAAUGUUUCAAAUGUAAUAAAAUUGCCACAUAUUGAUUGGCAAAUACAAUGCAUGAAAGAAAUUUAUAACAAGAAAGUUGAUUAUACUGUUUUAUAGAUUUGCUGUUUUGUUCCUGUUUUCUAUGUUCUUGAUUCUUUAUUUAUUGCAAAGGACACUGCUAAUGUUGUACACAUUUUUCUUGU